AUGUCUGUGAACAUUGAAACCCUGAGCAUCAAAAUGUUCCUGCAGUACCUGUCCUACAUAAUCAUGAGCUUUACACCUUUGGCAGCCAUUUUGCCACCAACCGAGCCUCCCUUGAUCCCCAAUCACCCCUUUGUUGCCGUGUGGAACGCCCCCACUAAAAGGUGUCAGCGUCUGGACAUUCCACUGGACACUGAAGCCUUCCAGGCGGUGACCACUCCAGCCUUAGUUCCAGGUCAGUUCCUGACCAUCUUCUACGAGAGCCGUCUCGGUCUCUACCCCAAGAUCGAUCCGGCCAGGCGUACUCGCCGUGCGGGUGGCGUUCCUCAAAACGGCAACCUGACGGCGCACCUGCUCAAGGCGAGGUAUCAAAUCGCCAACUACAUUGCCGAGGAUGAAUCCCCUGGCCUCGCUGUCAUCGACUGGGAGUCCUGGCGCCCCCUGUGGGCCCAAAACUGGGGAUCCAAACGAAUCUAUCAAAAGCUAUCAAUUGCCAAUGCACUGCAAACCUCCCCGUUCUUAUCCCUGAAGAAGAUCUCACAGCUGGCUGUGGAUCAGUUCCAGAGGGCCGGGAGAAACUUCAUGGAGAGGACCAUUGAGCUCGGGGUGAAGGAGCGUCCAAGCCGUCAUUGGGGGUUCUAUUUGUUCCCUAACUGCUACAACUACGACUGGGACCGGCCCAACUACACGGGGAGGUGCUCGACCAAGGCCCGCAAGCAGAACCAGGAGCUGAUGUGGCUCUGGGAACACAGCACCGCACUAUUUCCAUCAAUCUACCUGCACUUAGGCCUGAAAAACUCCCCUGUGGCAGCGCUCUACGUGCGGUAUCGUGUCCUCGAGGCCCUGAGGGUGGCAGCGCUACCCAAACGGCUGGCCACUGUGCCCACCUAUGUCUACUCCAGACCCAUGUAUAGAAGCCAGAACCAAGUUUUUGAAACCCCAGCGGACCUGGUGAGUACAGUGGGCGAGUCAGCCGCCCUGGGGGCUGCUGGCGUGGUCAUGUGGGGCGGAAGCAAAGACUACAAUGACAAGGCCUCCUGCGAGUCACUGUCCGACUACCUGACAUCCACACUCAAUCCAUACCUGGCCAAUGUGACGGCGGCAGCCAUGUUGUGUAGCCAGGCCCUGUGCCAGGGGCGCGGGCGUUGCGUGCGGCGUAGCUACAGCUCUUCUGUUUAUCUUCACCUGGAUGCCACCCGCUUCAGCAUCUUGCGAGCAGACAGGAAGUAUGUGGCAGUGGGCCUCCCUUCUGACGAAAACCUGGAGGCCUGGGCCCAAAACUUUACGUGUCAGUGCUACGCCGGGCGAGAAUGCGAGCCGAAACUCACGCCACCCAUUGGCAUCCAGGUCAUCAAAGUGUAA